AAGUCAGGUUUCAGAACAAGAGGACACAGGUGGUUAGAUGCUAUGCUCUGCCAUGCUCUUAUAUCUGCCAUGGAGCUGUAACAGUAUGACAGAGGCUGGGUGCACAUAGGCUGCCUUGUGGAGUAAAAACCAAAGUGUGAAGGGGUGGAAAAAGUCUGAAAAUCAAGGGAACCUAAGUGUCUGGAGUUGGACAGGUGAAAGCACGGGAUGGGAACAAUCCCGGUGGACAUUAGGCGGCUUUUGGAUGACUGUGAGCUGUUCGUAGCAGAGAUCCUUCAAGGCGAGGACCUCACUGAAAAUGCCGAAGAGACACGGAAAGUCUUACUGAAUAACUUCAGGGUCGUCCACGUAAGAAACCCUCAAGAAUUCCCCUUCCCUUCAUCGGACUUCCGGGAUGACGACGGUUCUGAUGACAACCGCAGUUCCAGUCUGGGUCGCUCUGCCCCAUCGGACGACGCCUCUGUAGCCUCUGACUACCAGGAUGAUGGAGCCGCUGACUACUUUGGCGACAUCCCCCUUGUGGCAGCCCAGGACCUCGGAAACAUCUUGAAGCAAGGCCACUUGGAGAAGAAACGAAGAGAUCACAGCUUCUUCGGCUCAGAGUGGCAAAAGAGAUGGUGUGUCCUGAACAAUUCAAUAUUCUACUACUUUGGGAGUGAAAAAGAUAAGCAGCAGAAGGGUUCCUUUUAUAUCAUCGACUACAGCGUGCAGCUGGUGACCAACCUGAGAAAAGACUCCAAAAAAACGUCCUGUUUUGAGCUCUUCUGCCCCGGUCGACGGUCUUACCAGUUCACUGCCAGCAAUCCUCAAGAGGCCAGAGAAUGGGUGGACCAAAUCAAUUUUGUACUUAGAGAUCUCCGUUCCACCUCCAUCCCUUGCGACGAUGACGAGGAGGAGGAUGCGGAGGAGGAAGAGGAGACCUAUGAUGACAUUGAGGUGGGCCCUCCCCCGCCUCUGCCCGGUGCUGCCCGGGCCUCUCAGAGCGGCAAACUGGGAGGAGGGCACGAGGAGGGGGAGGUCGAGGACGAGGACGAGGAUAUCUACGAGGUGCUGCCAGAUGAGGAUUUUCCAGAUCCGACAGAUGAGAGCAGUGAAAAGAACAACAAACAAGCUUGGUCAUCAGAUUACGCUAACUACUACCAGGGUUUAUGGGAUUGCCAGGCCGACGAGCCGGACGAGCUGCCCUUCCAGAGAGGAGAUCUCAUCUACAUCAUUAGCAAGGAGUACAACAUUCACGGCUGGUGGGUCGGCGAGCUGAACGGCACCGUGGGUAUCGUCCCCAAGGACUUCCUGCACCCUGCCUACAUCCUCUGAGCUCCAACAGUGUGUUCUUAUUUUACAGUGCUGCUGCUGACACGUCCGGCCAUGAAUUUCACAGAUAGCCCCGUAAAAUAAUCUCUAGUAAUUUGAAAAUUAUUCUGCUAUAAGACUGUAAAUUAUAUCAUGUAAAUCUGCUGCAGUAGUACUUAUUCAUAUACACUAUAAAUCAUUGGUAAAGGUAUAUUAAUGUACAAAGCUAAAACAAUUAGUCGAUUAAUCAGUUUGUCAGCCGACAGAAAAUUGAGCUAUUUUGAUAAUUGUUAUCAAGAAAAGCUUCCUAAAUGUAAGGAUUUGCUGCCUUUCUCUGUUUUGUAUGAUUAUAAAUUGAAUAUAUUUGUUUUUAAAUGCCGGUUUAACAAAAAAGUAAUUUGAAGACGUCAUUAGGCUCUGGUAAAUUGUUACGAGAAUAUUUCACAGACUUUGUACGAGUGUUUUAAUUUUUUAUAGAUUAAAAGAUUAAUCGAUUCAUCAGAAAAAUUAAAACAGAAUUAUCAAUAAUGAAAAUAACUGUUCGUUGCAGCUCUAGUACAAAUUGAUGAAUUAUUGUAGUGAUGCAUUUAUCAAUUCACUGGUUAAAAUUAGAAAUAUGUAAAUUGUUAGUCGCUUAUUUUCUCAUUUCAUCACUGACAUACAUUUAAAAAAAAUCAGCAGGUGUUGUGUAAAUUAUGUAAAAUAUAUUUUAAACUACAUUGUAUUUGGAGUUUUACACAGAAAUACCUAAAAAUAUCAACAGCCUUUACUGCUUGUGUGUGAUUUUUCUGUGUGGGGUCAUUUAACUGUUUCAUUUUCAGCCACUAGGCGGCACAAAAGAUCCAAUAUCAUGUCUUAAAACCAUGAGAUGUGUUUGUUAAGACAUGUAUAAUAAAAAGGUGAAAGCACAGAUAAUAAACAUUCACAUGUAACACAGUAAAAGGAGAAAAACUAUUUAUUUGAAAUAAAAUUACAUUUACAUAGACACAGUCUCUCAGGUUAUCGUUGCCCUUGUAGAUCCAGGUUAUAAAAUAGAGGUCUCCUUCAAAGGGGGAAAUUUUAUUCUUUUAAAAAACUUUUUACAA